AUGGGGAGAUAUUCAGUGCCCUUUGUGGGUGUUUUGCUACUGUUUUGUCUGGUUUCAUCUUCAGAGGCAGAGUAUUUGAAGUAUAAAGACCCUAAGGUUCCACUGAAUGUCAGAAUCAGUGACUUGAUGAAGCGAAUGAGCCUGGAAGAAAAGAUAGGCCAGAUGACACAGGUUGAAAGACUUGUUGCUACUCCUGAUGUGAUUAAGAAGUACUUCAUUGGGAGUGUGCUCAGUGGGGGAGGCAGUGUUCCAGCACCAAAGGCAUCUGCUGAGACCUGGCAGCAAAUGGUGAAUCAGAUGCAGAAAGCAGCAUUGUCUACUCGCCUUGGAAUUCCGAUUAUUUAUGGAAUUGAUGCAGUUCAUGGCCACAACAAUGUCUACAAUGCUACAAUCUUCCCUCACAAUGUUGGGCUAGGAGUUACCAGGGAUCCAGUGCUCAUAAAAAAGAUUGGAGAUGCGACUGCCCUUGAAGUAAGAGCUACAGGAAUUCCAUAUGUCUUUGCUCCAUGUAUUGCGGUCUGCAGAGAUCCAAGAUGGGGACGUUGCUAUGAAAGCUACAGUGAGGACCCUAAAAUUGUUAGAACUAUGACUGAAAUUAUACCUGGCUUACAAGGAGAUAUCCCUGCCAAUUCCAUGAAGGGAGUUCCCUUUGUUGCUGGAAAGAACAAGGUUGCAGCUUGCGCCAAGCACUAUGUGGGAGAUGGUGGCACAAACAAGGGUAUCAAUGAGAACAACACAUUGAUCAGUUACAACGGAUUGCUUAGCAUUCACAUGCCAGCAUACUAUGACUCUAUCAUCAAGGGUGUUUCAACAGUAAUGAUCUCAUACUCUAGCUGGAACGGGAAGAAAAUGCAUGCUAACCGAAAACUUAUCACUGGUUACCUCAAGAACAAAUUGCAUUUCAAGGGUUUUGUCAUAUCUGAUUGGCAGGGUAUUGACCGGAUUACCUCUCCACCUCAUGCUAACUAUUCAUACUCUGUUCAAGCUGGUGUCAGUGCUGGAAUUGACAUGAUUAUGGUUCCCUUCAACUACACAGAGUUCAUUGAUGAACUAACCCGUCAAGUAAAGAACAAUAUUAUCCCUAUUAGCAGGAUUAAUGAUGCCGUGGCAAGAAUCCUAAGAGUAAAAUUUGUCAUGGGGUUAUUUGAAAACCCACUUCCUGAUCCAAGCCUGGCAAACCAACUGGGUAAAAAGGAACACAGGGAGUUAGCAAGAGAAGCUGUAAGGAAAUCCCUUGUGUUGCUAAAGAAUGGUAAAUCUUCUAAGAAGCCACUGCUUCCUCUUCCCAAAAAGUCUGCAAAAAUACUGGUAGCAGGAAGUCAUGCUGACAACUUGGGAUAUCAAUGUGGAGGAUGGACAAUUACCUGGCAGGGGCUUAGUGACAAGAAUCUCACUUCAGGUACAACCAUUCUUAGUGCUGUGAAACAAACUGUUGACCCUGCCACUGAAGUUGUCUACAACGAAAAUCCUGAUGCGAACUUUGUCAAGUCAAACAAAUUUUCCUAUGCCAUUGUUGUCGUGGGAGAACACACCUAUGCUGAAACAUUUGGUGACAGUUUGAAUCUAACUAUACCUGAGCCUGGUCCAAGUACCAUCACCAAUGUAUGUGGGGCUAUUCGAUGUGUAGUUGUUCUCAUUAGUGGUCGCCCAGUUGUGAUUCAGCCAUAUCUAUCAAAAAUUGAUGCACUUGUGGCUGCAUGGCUUCCUGGCACUGAAGGUCAAGGUGUUGCUGAUGUUCUCUAUGGUGACUAUGGAUUCACUGGCAAGCUGGCAAGAACAUGGUUCAAGAGUGUUGAUCAACUCCCAAUGAAUGUCGGUGAUAAACAUUAUGAUCCACUAUUUCCAUUUGGAUUUGGGUUGACUACAAAUGUCACUAAAUAUUGA